UACACGAAAGGAUUUUAAUUUUAUUUUAUUGCAUCUUCUUCCUUUCGCGAUAAAUUUCCAUACAGUAAAAUUAACCUGUGAUUGUAAUUAAUGCUAUUCGAGAAAUAAACAUAACAUGGACGAUAAUUCUUUACUACUUUGACUGCAGCAAUAUCUUGACAAUGGAGCUGCAGCUGUCAGUGUUCCUAGAAGACUCAGUAGUCCAAUGUGCGGAGUGCCCGCAAGCGUUCCUCUCGCGGCGCGCGCUGCGGCAGCACGAGGACACUCACCAUGCCGACUGGGACUACGUCAAAAUGUUUUCUCGCAUGAUUAAAUACCAAGCAGCAGUGGUACUGGAGAGUGUCCAAAUAUAUGAGUGUCCAGAUUGUACCCGAGGCUUCUUGAGCAAUAGGGAGUACCAACUACAUGUAUUGGAGCAUGAAAGGAAGAAAGCCCUGUGGCGUCAUAAGCAACUCGCAGAAACAGACGACGCCGACGACCGGUACCGCAAGAUAUUCAGCUGUGACCAGUGCGAGGAGCGCUUCGUGUUGUACAGCACGCUGGUGGCCCACUCCGACACGCACCGGCCCGCGCCGCACGCCUGCCACUGCGGGGUGGCCUACUACCAACCACACGACCUUGUGGAACACCAGAAACUAGUUCACAACAUACACCCGCCAGACGAAGACAAGCCGCAAGUACGCAAGUACAAAAACGAAAUCAAGUACGACAAAGAAGAGGACGUUGAUGAAGAAGACGAAUGGCAAGAACAGAAACCAAAGAAGAGGAUGUACUGGAAACUCAAAUGGGCAAAGAUGAAGCACGAGUGUCCAGAGUGCGAGGACAUAUUCACCAACAAGAAACACCUGCAGCAGCACAUGAGGACCGCACACAAACGUAAGAUCGCAAGACCGCAAGUGCCGAGGGUAAAAGUGAAAGCCGCUAAAAAGGACUUUCAGUGUGAAAUCUGCAAUAAAACAAUAGCAAGUCAGACGGGACUGAUUGUUCAUCUACGCGUUCACACUGGCGAGAAACCAUACAAGUGUGACGACUGCGGAAAGUGUUUCUCUCAAAUCAAUACUCUCAAAGUACACAAAUUGCGACACACCAACCUCAGGGAAUUCCCCUGCAGUUUCUGCGACAAAGCUUUCUUCACCAAAGGGGAUCUGAAUCUACACGCGAGGACUCACACUAAAGAGAAGCCGUAUGUGUGCACUGUUUGUAAUAAAGGAUUUUCGGACCCGAGUGCGUUCGCGCGGCACAUGCGAGUGCACACCGGGGACCGCCGCUACAAGUGCCCGUACUGCCCCAAGGCGUUCACCGACUCCAGCCAGCACUACUACCACGUGCGACGCCACACCAACCACAGACCACACGAGUGUGAAAUAUGCGAAAAGAAAUUCUUCUCUCUAAGUAACUUGACAUUGCACGUAACAAACGUGCAUGCUGGAGUGAGAAAGUUUGUAUGCGAUCAUUGCAAAGGUACGUUCAAAUCGAAACAUGAUCUUCUCCUGCACAUACAGAGGACCCAUCUCAAGCGGCGCUUGGAGCGCUGCAAACAGUGUAAACGCGAGUUUUUGGACUUAAAACUACAUAUGAGGGUACACCACAAGAUAAGGAAACUUCCUGGUGUAAGACGAGUUUCGCAAUCUGAAAUUGAAAUAUAAUUGAGACGGAAAUGGCUGAGAAGUGAUUUCCUGUUUAUAUUGAUGAUAUUGAUUUUU